UUAAUUGCCCCUAACCUCCGCCACACAGCUAAGAGCCACACCACCAAAAUCCUACCGAACACCAAGAAAAGCCACCAACAAACCAUCCUCAAUGGUGGCUUCUCUCCCCCACCGCAUGGCGUCAUCAUUGUACUCCUCCUUGAACCCUCUACUAACCCCUUCUCUCCGACUCCUGUCAAACCCACUUCCCGUUUUCUCCUCCUCUAUCCCACGGAGCACAGAACCUGUAAUCAAUUUUUCAUUUUUCAGUAGGACUUCUAGCAGUAAAAGUGGUGAAAUUUGUGGAACCAAGAGGAAUGGAGUUCCCCUAUCCUGGGCUUUGGCGACUGAUUCUUCGGGCUCCACUGCUGCUGCUGUGUCUACAGAAGAAGGGAAAAAGGAUGGGGUUUCAUCUCCUGAGGGCAGAGUCGUGCUUCCAACUAACGAAUCAUCAGAGAUACUGCUAAGAAUUCGGCAUACAUGUGCACAUGUGAUGGCUAUGGCUGUUCAAAGGCUCUACCCAGAUGCAAAAGUGACAAUUGGUCCAUGGAUUGAAAAUGGUUUUUACUAUGACUUUGAUAUGGAGCCAUUAACUGACAAAGACCUCAAGAAAAUCAAGAAGGAAAUGGAUCGUAUCAUUGGGCAAAACUUACCACUAAUUAGAGAAGAAGUUAGCCGAGAUGAAGCUCAAAGAAGGAUACUUGCUGUCAAUGAACCUUACAAGAUAGAAAUCUUGGAAAGCAUUAAGGAGGAACCUAUCACCAUAUAUCAUAUUGGCAAUGAAUGGUGGGAUCUUUGUGCUGGGCCUCAUGUUGAAUCUACAGGAAAUAUUAGAAGGAAAGCUGUUCAACUUGAAUCAGUUGCUGGUGCCUACUGGAGAGGAGACACAAAUAAGCCAAUGCUACAAAGGAUCUAUGGUACAGCAUGGGAAGAUGAAGAACAAUUGAAAGCAUACCUUCAUUUUAAAGAAGAAGCAAAACGCCGGGAUCACCGGCGGAUUGGACAAGAUCUUGAUCUGUUCUCUAUACAGGAUGAAGCGGGUGGAGGGUUAGUGUUUUGGCAUCCCAAGGGUGCUGUUGUAAGGCAUAUUAUAGAAGAUGCGUGGAAGAAGAUUCAUAUUCAACGUGGUUAUGAUCUACUUUACACUCCACAUGUGGCGAAGGCAAAUCUAUGGAAGAUCAGUGGUCAUCUGGAUUUCUACAAAGAAAAUAUGUUUGAUCAGAUGGAGAUUGAGGAAGAACUUUAUCAGCUUCGGCCAAUGAAUUGCCCUUACCAUAUACUUGUUUACAAAAGGAAGUUACACUCAUACAGGGAUUUUCCAAUCAGGGUUGCAGAGCUUGGAACGGUAUAUAGAUAUGAAUUAUCUGGUAGCUUGCAUGGCCUGUUCCGUGUGAGAGGUUUUACCCAGGAUGAUGCACACAUAUUUUGUUUAGAACAUCAAAUAAAAGAUGAAAUUAGGGGUGUACUGGAUCUUACAGAGGAAAUAUUGCUGCAAUUUGGUUUUGAUAAGUACGAAGUAAACCUUUCCACAAGGCCAGAUAAAGCUGUGGGAAACGAUGAUAUAUGGGUGAAAGCAACCUCUGCCUUGAAGGAUGCUUUAAAUGAUAAAAGAUGGAGCUAUCAGAUUGACGAAGGUGGUGGUGCUUUCUAUGGUCCAAAGAUUGAUCUCAAAAUUGAGGAUGCUCUUGGAAGGAAGUGGCAAUGCUCAACCAUACAGGUGGAUUUUAAUUUACCCCAGCGUUUUGACAUUACCUAUGUUGAUUCGGACCAAGAGAAGAAGCAGCCCCUCAUGAUUCAUCGUGCAGUUCUGGGAUCCUUGGAGCGGUUUUUUGGAGUUCUCAUAGAGCAUUAUGCUGGUGAUUUCCCCUUGUGGCUUUCUCCUACCCAAGCUCGGAUAUUACCAGUCACAGAUGCACAGCUUGAAUACUGCAACGAGAUAUGGAGGAGAUUGAAAGCUAACGGUCUUCGGACUGAAAUCUGCAGUGGGGAGCGUUUGCCUAAGCUUAUUAGAAAUGCAGAGAAGCAGAAAAUCCCAUUGAUGGCUGUUGUUGGCCCCAAAGAGGCAGAAACACAAACUGUAACUGUUAGGUCUAGGCAUGGCGGGGAGUUGGGGACUAUGCCAAUUGAUGAAUUUAUCACCCGAAUCAAGUGUGCAGUUGAGAGCAGAACAUUCCUUUGAACUUAGGUUGUCCUCUAACGACAUGCUACAAGCUUAAUAGGUAAUUUUUUUGAGUAUCAAAAAUAUAUACAUUCUGUAGAUCGAUUUGUAGUUCUUACUUCACUGUGUAAAGUGGCACUAUCAAGAACAUUUGAUAUUAGUUAAUACAAAAACAUAAGAGUUAAUUAACUCUUUUAACUGGAGCA